AACCCCUCACGUGGAGCAGAUGAAAGGGCCGCGGCGCGACGGCUGGGGGAGCCGAGCGGAGCCUGCGACCCACAAAGCCGCCGCUGCCGCUGCCGCGAUGGGGCUCUGAGGCGUCCGCCCGCGCUCGGUCCUCCGCCGGCCCGCGACUAUGCCCGGCCGCGCCCGCCCUCCGCGCCCUCCCGCCGUAGGACCAUGAGGCCGCGCUCGGGCGGGCGCCCAGGGGCCCCGGGCCGCCGCCGCCGCCGCCUCCGCCGCCGGCCCCACGGCUCCCGCGGCCGCCGCCUGCCGCCGCCGCCGCCGCUGCCUCUGCUGCUCGGGCUGCUGCUGGCGGCCGCGGGGCCCGGCGCGGCGCGGGCCAAGGAGACGGCGUUCGUGGAGGUGGUGCUGUUCGAGUCGAGCCCGAGCGGCGACUACACCACCUACACCACCGGCCUCACGGGCCGCUUCUCGCGGGCCGGGGCCACGCUCAGCGCCGAGGGCGAGAUCGUGCAGAUGCACCCACUGGGUCUGUGUAAUAACAAUGAUGAAGAGGACUUGUAUGAAUAUGGCUGGGUAGGAGUGGUGAAGCUGGAACAGCCAGAGUUGGACCCCAAACCAUGCCUCACUGUCCUGGGCAAGGCCAAGCGAGCAGUGCAGCGGGGAGCCACCGCAGUCAUCUUUGAUGUAUCUGAAAACCCAGACGCUAUCGACCAGCUAAACCAGGGCUCAGAAGACCCGCUCAAGAGGCCAGUGGUGUAUGUGAAGGGCGCAGAUGCCAUCAAGUUGAUGAACAUCGUUAACAAGCAGAAAGUGGCCCGAGCAAGGAUUCAGCACCGCCCUCCUAGACAACCCACUGAAUACUUUGACAUGGGGAUUUUCCUGGCUUUCUUUGUUGUGGUCUCCUUGGUUUGCCUCAUCCUCCUUGUCAAAAUCAAGCUGAAGCAGCGGCGCAGUCAGAAUUCCAUGAACAGGUUGGCCGUGCAGGCUCUGGAGAAGAUGGAAACCAGAAAGUUCAACUCCAAGAGCAAGGGGCGCAGGGAGGGGAGCUGUGGGGCCCUGGACACACUCAGUAGCAGCUCCACGUCCGACUGCGCCAUCUGCCUGGAGAAGUACAUCGAUGGCGAGGAGCUGCGGGUGAUCCCUUGUACUCACCGAUUUCACAAGAAGUGCGUGGACCCAUGGCUGCUGCAGCACCACACUUGCCCCCACUGUCGGCAUAACAUUAUAGAGCAAAAGGGAAAUCCAGGCACCGUGUGUGUGGAGACGGGCAACCUCACGCGUGGCGGGCGGCAGCAGAGGGUCAUCUUGCCAGUCCAUUACCCCGGCCGUGUGCACAGGACCAAUGCAAUCCCAGCCUACCCCACGAGGACAAGCAUGGACUCCCAUGGGAACCCCGUGACGCUGCUGACCGUGGACCGGCACGGGGAGCAGAGCCUGUAUUCCCCGCAGACCCCUGCCUACAUCCGCGGCUACCCACCCCUCCACCUGGACCACACACUGGCCCCUCACCGCUGCAGCCUGGAGCACCGGGCCUACUCGCCAGCCCACCCCUUCCGCAGGCCCAAGUUCAGCGGCCGCAGCUUCUCCAAGGCAGCUUGCUUCUCCCAGUAUGAGACCAUGUACCAACACUACUACUUCCAGGGCCUCAGCUACCCGGAGCAGGAGGGCCCGCCACUGCCCAGCCUUACCCCCAGGGGCCCGACCCGGACCUUCCCGCCAAGUGGCAGCGGCGGCCUCCUCUUCCCCACCGCCGUGCACGUGGCCCCUCCCUCCCACCUGGAGAGCGGCAGCACGUCCAGCUUCAGCUGCUACCACGGCCAUCGCUCGGUGUGCAGUGGGUACCUGGCCGACUGCCCGGGCAGCGACAGCAGCAGCAGCAGCAGCUCUGGCCAGUGCCCCUGCUCCUCCAGCGACUCCGUGGUGGACUGCACUGAGGUCAGCAACCAGGGUGUGUACGGGAGCUGCUCCACCUUCCGCAGCUCCCUCAGCAGUGACUACGACCCCUUCAUCUACCGCAGCCGGAGCCCCUGCCGUGCCAGCGAGGCCGGGGGCUCAGGCCGGGUGCCCGUUGUUCACCUCGAGGGCUCCUCACCACCCGAGGAGCUCCUGGCCACUCCCGGGGGCACUGCUGGGCAAGGAGAGCCUUGGGCCUGCCCGGCCUCUGCCUCGGGGGACCAGCUGUCCACCUGCAGCCUGGAGAUGAACUACAGCAGCAGCUCUUCCCUGGAGCACAGGGGGCCCAAUAGCUCUACCUCAGAAGUGGGGCUCGAGGCUUCUCCUGGGGCCACCACAACGGACCUCAGGAGAACCUGGAAGGCGGGCCCGGAGGGGCUGGCGUGGGCCUGCUGCUGCGAGCCCCAGCCCUCUGCACUGGAGCCCAGCACAGGAGUGGCUGGUGGCAGCACCUCGUUCCUGGGCACUCCCCUCUGUGAGGCCUGUGGCCCCCCGGGUGGGGAGCCCCAGCUGGGAAGCCCCCAGGGCCUGUACGGCCUUCACCCAGACCAUUUGCCCAGGACAGAGGGGAUGAAAUACGAGGGUCUGUCCUGCUGCUUCUAUGAAGAGAAACAGGUGGCCCACGGCAGCAGCAGGGGCAGCAGCUGCUAUGCCGAGGACUACUCUGUGCGUGUGCAGUACACGCUGGCCGAGGAGCCUCCGCUCAGCUGCUACCCUGGGGGCCGGGACCUGAGCCAGCGCAUCCCCAUCAUUCCGGAGGAUGUGGACGGCGAUUUGGGUCUGCCCUCGGACUGUCGAGGGACCCACGGCUGUGGCCCCUGGGGUGGGACGCCAGGCCUGGAGGCCCGGCAGCCUCACAGGGGCCUGGGAGGAGCCCAGAAAGAAGAGCGGACUCUGGGCUGCCAGGCCGGGGUGCUGUGGAGGCCCGGGGACCCUCCCGAGGAGGGCGGAACUGCCAGGUCCUGCCUCCCCAGCGCCCUCCCGGACACUCAGGAGUCCAACCCCACAGCCGCUGAGGCUGCAGGAUCAGGAUCUGGCCCAGCAGACAGCAGCAGCACGGGAGCCUGAGCUCAGAAGGAACUCUUAGCUGGAAAUUGGGAACUGUAUGGAGACUCCAAACUCUGACUUCCUUCAAAAACAAAACAAAACAAAACAAAACAAAAACUUUUUUUUUUAGCUUUGACAAACACACAAAAGUGGUAAUAAAGAGAGCCCUCUUUCUCAACCCAAAAUGUGAGCCACUUGUGGCAAAACCACCACCCACUUACCCCAUUAACAAACCAACAGACAAAAUUCUCUGAGUCCUUUGCCUCUUUCGAUAACAUGUUAUAUGUAGUGUGUGUGCUUGGGAUUCUGAGGUGUAUGGGAUUGAGUUCUCCACUUUGUUUUUUAAAAUAUUAUAUGUAAAUGUAAAAAGUUAUUUAAAUAUAUAUUUUAAAGAACCCUAAUCACCAACUUUUGCUGAAAGAAAAAAAAAAACACUGCUGCAUUAAAUGAACCACACCAUGUGUAAAUACUGUUGUCUCCCCAGAUGGAGCUCAG